CUUCUUCGGGAUCACAGGGUGGCAGCCCCCAUGUCUUCCCUUACAUCCUCUGCUCCCGUAAGAGGUCUGAAGAUCGGUAUCAUUGGUUUUGGACCAUUUGCACAGUUCCUAACGCAAACCAUGAUAAAACAAGGGCAUUCCAUAAGGGCAACUUCAAGAUCCGACUACUCUGAGCAUUGCGCUCGUCUGGGCAUCCCCUUCAUCAGGGACAUGGACGAAUUUCUCCAAUCAGACAAUGAAGUUGUACUGCUGUGCACCUCAAUCCUCUCUCUUUCAGAUGUCGUCAAGUCCAUGCCGUUUCAAUGCUUGAAACAGCCGACUCUUUUUGCUGAUGUACUCUCGGUGAAAGAAUAUCCCAGAGAUGUUCUACUUCAAGCUCUGCCUCCAGAAUCGGAUUUGAUUUGCACCCAUCCCAUGUUUGGGCCAGAAAGUGGAAGAGAUGGGUGGCACGGCCUGACUCUGAUGUAUGAGAAAGUCCGCAUCAGGAAUGAAGCUGUGUGCUCUGGUUUCCUCCAUAUCUUUGCAAGUGAGGGAUGCAAAAUGCUGGAAAUGACAUGCGAAGAGCACGAUAAAUUGGCUGCCAAAAGUCAAUUCCUCACUCAUACCAUUGGCAGGGUCUUGGCAGAAAUGCAGAUUGAACCCACGCCUAUUGACACGAAAGGAUUUGAAAAGCUUUUUGAAGUGAAGGAAAGCGUAGCAAAUGAUAGUUUUGAUCUAUUCAACGGGCUGUACGUGCAUAAUAGGUUUGCUAGACAACAGCUGAAGAACUUUGAAGUUGCCUUCGAUGGUGUCAAACAUAAGCUGCUAGACCGGAUGAAUGAAUAGACGGAUCGAAAUCCAUCCAAUGUAUUGAUCAUCAAUCCAGGCGACCGAGUGAUUUUUUUGAAUUUGAAUUCUCUACCUGAUAGCAGAAAGAGCUUUUCCUAAGAGCUAUCCUAAAAGCUUUUCCUUAAAUCCCUUCUUGAAUUGUACGUGGAAGUUUAAACUCUACUUGCAGUUAAAAAAAUUCAAAUGUGAUGCCAUACUAUCCUCUUAGUCAAGUCAAGUCCGCAUACUUACUAGUUCCUAAUACACAAGCCUCCUUAGGCAUCUCUUCCCUGUAAAUUAGAAUAGAAUAAGUUAUAUA